AUGGCGGCGCCAAUAGAUGACGUGGCGAGCAUCACGGAUGUCGUUGCGGCCGUCAACGAAAUCUCAAGGUUUUUGGCCCAUGAGCAGAUUCGCGACACGGCGGAUCUCGACAAGUACCUCGCUGCUACCACGUCGGACUCGGGCGGCGCGGCCCCUGUGGUCGAUGUCAUUGUCUUUUGUGCCUCUGCGGUGCUAUAUACUGCCGACGGCGUAUUUUCCGCCAUCAACAAAGUAAAGGAAGCAAGGGGGGCACAGAGGCAACAGAGCCCUGCCCCGUACGCGCACCGGCUUGUCCUAGUUCUGUGUGGCGGCAUCGGACACUCUACGCAUCAUAUGCACGAGGCAGUUGCACGUCAUCCUCGCUAUCAUGUCCUUGCUGAGCAGGUGAGCGGGAAGCCAGAAGCCCGCGUGCUGCAGGCCAUUGCCGAGAGGUUUUUCGGCCUGGUCGCGAAUGACCCGCAAGCAGACGAGACCCGGGAACCUACCUCGGGACCAGGCGCCACGAAAGGAACCUUGACGGUUCUGGUUGAGGACCAGUCGACCAACUGCGGCGCCAAUGCCGCCAUGACCAAGAAUCUGCUGGAGAGCCAUGGCAUUUUCAGACCUCGCAACAUCAUCGUCGCCCAGGACCCUACCAUGUGCCGGCGCACAGCGGCUUCGUUCGAAAAGCUGUACGAAGCAGAUCCGGCUAGCCGGCCCCGGGUCCUCUGCUGGCCUACCUUUGUUCCACGUGUGGCCGCAGUGAAUGACAAUGUUUCUUCCAGUCUCGAGAAAGGAACUCUUGCUCGAUUGAUAUUUCAGGUAGAUAGAGCGAAGGGGCCGAACCUUGACGACCUUUGGGACAUGCCACGUUUCGCAGAUUUGAUCAUGGGAGAGAUACCGCGGCUGCGAGAUUCCGUCGACGGCUAUGGGCCAAAGGGCAAAGGCUUCAUAUCCCAUGUGGAUGUGCCGCAAUCUGUCGAAACCGCAUGGUGUCUACUCCAGUUGUAUCUGGGCAAUCUGGAUCGAACGAUAUGA